GUGUCAACUGCUACUACUAGCACUAGUACCCACAAGUACGGUAAAUUCAACAAGACAUCAAGAUCUGAGGAGCCAAACCACACAGGCACCCAUUCUUAUGGUAGAUUCAACAAGACAUCAAGAUCUAAGGAGCCAAACCACACAAGCACCCACUCUUACGGUAGAUUCAACAAGACAUCAAGAUCUAACGAGCCAAACCACACAAGCACCCACUCUUACGGUAGAUUCAACAAGACAUCAAGAUCUACCGAGCCAAACCACACAGGCACCCACUCUUAUGGUAGAUUCAACAAGACCAGAAAAGAUGCUAGUCAAAAC